AUGAAGGAGGUAGUUCUGCACGUGUAUGACGUAACGAACAGUGGCUCCGCCAAGACCAACAACACCAUCCUCCAGAUUAAUAGGAUCUUUAAGGAUCGCAUCGGCCUCGGCGGGAUCUUCCACAGCGCCGUCCAGGUCGGGUCGUAACCCUUUCGAAUAAUAUUUGGACAGGGUUUCAGUUGAUGCUCUCUCUCGGAUUACUUUCUCAGGGUGUCCUGUUGAUUAAGGGUUUUCUGUCAAAAUUAUCGUAUUUUGGAACUGGAAAUGAUGCAUUACUUGAUUUCUCCUCUGAUCUUAUCUGCUUGUGACAGUACGUAGCAGGAAUUGCUAAUUUGUUUGGUUCCUCCUGCUUUGUUGUGUCAUUUUGGUGCUUUCCUGUUGAGUACGUUCUUUUGGAGGAGGAUCAAGCCUUUCUUUCAGAGGCACAUUGUGUAGCUCGCUGGUUGUACGCUUAUCUGUCCCCUGUGGUGUAUGCUUUCCCGCAGUUUGUUCCUGAUUGGUUUGGAUUUUCUCCAGGACAAUACAAGCUGUGGUAGUUAACAAUGUGUGCCGUGGAUAUAAAUAGAGCUUAUGGUUAUGGCGGGAUACGUGCUAGAUCGGAAGAAGAAAAAUCUGUAUUUGAUCUUUCCUAGGGUUCAUAUGUACUACCCACUUAGGAACAAGUAAGUAAAUAGCGUGAUCCCAAAUCUGGUUCCAUUGGCUAUCAUCAUUUAUGAAACGCUGGCACUGAGCUGUGUAUCGAGUGGAAUUAGGAUCAAUUUGAGGGGUCAAAGAAUCCACAAAUUUUGGGGAAAAGUGUGUGGGCAAAACAUCUUUCAUUGAGUCGACCUCACUUUUCUUUAAUUUAGGACGCAAGAUAUGAGUUAUUGUCCAUGAAUUCCUGUUUCUUUCCUUUCUUUAAAGUAUUUUUUCUGAAUUGGAGUUCAUUGAAUGCGACAAUCUCCUUCGUCUUGAUUGCUCAUGUAUCUUUUCUGCUGAGGGUAUACAUCUAAUGAAACAGCAUUGUAUAUAGAUCAAUGAUGAAAAAUUAAACCAUAACCUUUGCUGAUUAUUAUGUUUGAACUCAAAUAGCAAACCCUUCUGGUAAAAGGAUCCCCAAGUUCAAUUGCUCUUUUGGAGGUCAAGGUCAUGAAUGAUAAGGUGGAGAAAAUAUAAUUCUCUGUUCGUAGAGUAUAUCAUAAUUUUCUAAGAGACAUUGCAAAAGUCAUUCCGAUCAAGCCAUUCAAACCAGUGAAAACUAGACCGCUUUAUGUGGACUUCUAUCUUUUAUUCCACUUAUACUGGAGUUACAUUCUAUGUGAGUCAGUUUGAUCUCUGUGUGUGAUUCAAAUCUCAAAUUCAACUCGAAGUUUAGUUUUUUUUUUUUUUUGGUUGCUUUUCAAGCUCAAUUUAGGUAUCUGCUUUGAUUAAAUCUGUACUGUUAGAAAUAGAGAAAAAACCUCGUCACAAAGGACAGAGGAGAGAACGGCGGAAACCACCUCAAGAUUCAUUCAACUGUAACCCCCAUUAUAUCGGGAGUAAUGAUACACAACUUUUACCAAAACACCCUCAACUAAUUACACUAUUUCCCUACGACCUAGAACUUCCAACUCUCCCCCUCAAGAUGAACUUUGAAAAAUUCAUCUUGACUAAAUUGGUGAUGACAAAAAAUCUUGCCCUCUGAACAUUCACUUGUUGGUGAUGACAAAGAUCUGUUGUCGCAGCAACUCUCCCUUUGAUGGUAAUCACAGAUGACCGCCACUGAGUUUGUGGAUUCGCCAACACCUUUGGCUCCUCUGAUGUUGUCAUGCCCCAAAGACAGCUCACCAUGAAUAUGAUAGCACCAAAAAACUGUGGCUUGAUCAUGAUGAUCACUGUCCCAGGGCUGUAGAGCCUGCCUUGGAGUCAUGAGGUAGUUGACAGGGUAGCACCAAGCAUGCGGAGAGUAUCCCUCUCCAUUCUCCAUCAAUCUGCCUCACACUGGGUGAUUCCCUGAGUGCAGGAAGUGGUACUGAGAUCACAACGUUGUGUAGAUCAAACAGGUCACAUGCUUCAUAUUCGAUGUUGACAAAAGUCUCAUUUCCAGAAACAGAUGGCCAGCAAUUUACAGUCAAUGGUACAGCUGCCUCGUCCAUGCCCUGGAUUCUCCAUUUCACAGUAUUGCCUUUGAUGAAGUUGUUCCUGAUAUUCACUCUUAAGUUUCUGUCCAUUUUGAAUACAUUUAAGUAUAAAUCUAUGAGCUGUAGUUGUUUUAGAGAAUGACACUAUUUUAAUGUCAAAAUCUUCUCUAUCUGAUCCCUGUCAACUCGUUCUCUGACGUCAAGGGACUCUGUGGUUACUCCCUGACUGCAUGGUGUUUGGGUGGGCUUCCAUCAUACCAUGGGCAGAGGCAUCUUGCUUGCUGAAUUUCGUCUCUAGUGCUCCACUGAGCAAAUUCUUUGGGGAUUGUAUAUUGCUUGUUGAAUGCGGGUAGUACCACAUACCAUUUGGUAAAAGGAAGAAGUACAUAACUAUGCCGUAUGUGAGCUCUCAGAGAACUCCCCAUACAUUGGUUGUGUUCUACACCCACCUGAUGUAGGAGGGACUUAAAUUCCAGUAAACCCAAAACGAUAUGAUCCCCUGUUCCUCAUUCUACGCAAAUCUUAUCCCUCUUUCAUCAUGUCCAAAUUCCAUAUCAAGGCCUUAGGUGCUCCAGAAGUUCGCUUUACACCAUAUCUGUUUCUUUUCCAUUUAUUAGAGACUCACAUUCGCUGGUUCCACCAACUUUAUUGGAAGAAUCAGCAUGAUUCAUCAUCAUUGCUAGCUUGCUUUCAUGUAGUGGAGUCAUUUUGACAUUUUUCUUGAGGGAACAUACACCAUACAGUCCCACAUGAUAGCUAAACAGCUUAUUCCACACACUUGAAAUGCAUUCAGUUACUGGAGACAACAACUUAGAUCCAAUAUACGUUCUGGACUUUCUGUUUAAACUCAAAUUUUCAACACCCAUUUUGGUUGUCGUUUUGAGAAACUACAUACAUUGGGCCGCCAUACACGAAUCAAUUACUCACACGAAUAAAUGUGAUAGUGGGUAGUAGCCGGACACUCUUCUGAGCAGACUAUGGACGUUUUGCUGUCUUGUAAAAUGCUGAGACCAUCACUAAUAAACAACACUUAGUUAACCUAUGCAAUCAAGACGAGUUCAGCCUGUGGAAGAUCAGUCAGUGUAAGGACAGGGAUAUACUAUCAGUGACUUAGGCUUGACAGCUCAGCAGGACCUCUUUCUCAGUGGGUAAUGCUGCUGUUUGGAUGUGUACAAAUCCCUGUUAGAUGUUCUAGUUCUUGAGCGACUCGGAAGGGACAAGCUUGGAGGGAAGGUAACUAGCGAGGGCUGUUUGGCUAGGGAAGGGGGUCUGUUAUUUGUUAGCUUGAGUGUGACCAGAGAUACCCCAGCUGGGACUUGGUAGUAUCGAUUAUCAGUGUGGUACAGUGGUUGAGGGCCCCCCUAUCAGUAAUUGAGGGUUUUCAUGUGUUGUAUGGACUUUGACCAUAGUUUUCCAGGCAAGACACACCAUACAUAGAACAACUCCCCUUCUCUAGCUUAACAGCUGUCAGUUACACGUUCUAGCUCUUGCACAACUAGAGAACUAGUGAGGGGUGUUGGACUAGGGAAGGGAGCUAUUAUUUGUAUGGUAUGUCUUGCCUGGAAAACUGUGGUUAUAGACCGUACAACAGAAGACAAGCCUCAAUUGCCACUACGGUGUCUCUUGAAUGCUGUAGUGUAAAAAAUAAAAUGCUAAUCAAUAGAUGGGGAUCCUCAAACACUGUACCACAUUGAUAGUCGGUAGCCCCAAAUCCCAGUUGGUGGAUCCAUGGUCACACUCAGGCCAAGAUGUAAACCAAGCUAUUAACCAAUUUUUCUUAUUCUGAUUGAGAUCGGAAAGCAGUAGUAGCAGAGAAGUGGUCUGUUGGCCAUGUGUAAAGUUCACCUCAUGAGGAAAUUUCUAUCCUAGGGUACAUUGUAAUGAGAAAACAGAGUUGUUUAAAAUUUCCACAUUUCUUCUAAUCAAUGCUUCAAUUUGCGACCUUUGAUUUAUCAAAUCUAAGAAUAGUGUUGAUGGUGCAGAUUCAUUCAUUGCUAAUCCUUUUAGAGCUUCUGAAAUAAAAAGAGAUUUCCAUGUAUUCGAUGGUUUUCUAGUAUGACUAUUUUCUUUGUUGCGUUUUCAGAAAGGAGUCAUUCUUUUUACGUGCGCUUUGUCUGGCAAAGCUUUGCCAUUAGGAGGUGGUUCCAUCACCCUCGUGAGAAAGAACAUUUUCAGCUGACAAUUAGCUCAUUCUGUUCACUAAACGAACACUUUCAGGUGUAUGGAGAUGAAGAAUGGUCAUUUGGAUUCUGUGAGGAGGGAUCUGGCGUUUUUAGUUGUCCACCUGGAAAAAAUCCAAUGUACACAUAUAGGGAGUGUAUUAUUCUUGGAGAAACAGAGUGCUCAAUAUUCGAGGUAAAUCGGAUCUUAAGGGAACUGAGCAGGGAGUGGCUCGGAAACAGAUAUGACCUGCUAUCUAAGAACUGCAAUCACUUCUGUGAUGUGUUUUGUGAAAGGCUUGGCGUGCCAAAGCUUCCAGGUACUACACAUUUCUUCUUCACUGCACCUCGUUUUGCUCACAGUUGGUCUCGUCUUCUAAUAGUCUGCUGCGCCUGUUUUGUCUAAGGGUUGACCUUGGAGUUAUUUGACUCCAUGGACUUGGAAUCUGAUGGCUGUGGUGCAUUUAUUUUGAAUGUUUAAUUGACCGUCUCUCUCUGUGAGAAAGAAAUUUCACGAGAUCUUUCUUUGAGCCUUUUAUGUUUUCCUUCUCUGAGUGGAGAACAGUUGAAACUUUUCCUUUUCCUGAUUCUCAGACUCUUUUCUCAUAAGUCGCGGAUGCGUUGAAGAGACCGAAUAGCUUGGGAUCAUGCGAAUUAUCAUUUCAAAGACAAUUUCAAUGUGUGGACUGAUACUUGCCUCAGAUGAAACUCGAGCAUGAAGAUGAUCCGUGAUAUUUACGCUCAUUUACUCUAAUGUUUUCAUGGUUUGAAGUUAUGUCGAUGGAUUUAUAACUAGUGAUCUCUGGGGGGGUCCAUAUUUCUGUCUCAUGGAGGGGUAAUGAUAUAUCAACUUUUACUAUUUUUGUAUGUGGUUUAUUAUUCUCUAAUCGAGAGUUAAGAUUGGGUCGUAUGAGUGAGAAACCAAUAGAACAAUAUAUUUGUAAUAUUAUUUUUCAUUCAAAUACUUGCAGCUUAAAAUGAACGUACAACUUCAUUCCAUGCUUGCUCCUAUCUUCAAUAGCGUAGUUUCUCUCCUUUUGCAGCUUGGGUCAACAGGUUUGCCAACGCCGGUGAUACUGCCGUGGAGAUCGCAGGGACUACGGCGAUGAAGGUGGGAAUCUAACAAAAAAUCCUUCUUUGUUUAAGAAAAAUAAAUAAAUAGUAAAGAUAUAUAGAUAAUUUGUUGGAAGUCUGAUGGAAGACUGGCUUGGCGCUGCUGCUUGGGAUUCACCCCUCGUCUUCCUGCGUGCUGCUGCAGCUCAGGCAGGCGAAGACGGAGAUCGUCACGGCGAGCAGAGUGGCCUACAAGUUCCUCGCCGGAGUGGCCUCCAACACCCUGGCGGCGCCGGAGUCCCCCGGAAACCCCGGCCGGGGGUCCCCGAGAUUUCAGGGGGCCUGGUUCAAGAACCUCAUGACCGUCGGGGCCAAGCCCUCCAGCAGCAGCCCCCAGCUCCCCGGUGAGGAAGCCGCUCUCUCCCAAGAGGAGAAGCCCGACGGGCAAUCGCGGCGGGGGCCAAGAGACGACCUCUGA